GAUCGGAUUUUAUUUUCAGGCUGGCAGCACUGGUCAGCAUAUUCAACUAUAAAAUUUAUAACAAAUUCUGUGCAGUCUCGGAUUUUAUUUUCAGGUUGUUAAAUUUGUUGUUGCACCAAUAUGCCACCAAAAAAGGCGCCAGCAGCCCCGAGCAAAAAGACGGAGCAAAAGAAAAAGGAGAAAGUCAUUGAGGAUAAAACCUUUGGCCUGAAGAACAAGAAAGGCACCAAGCAGCAAAAGUUUAUACAGCAAGUACAGAAACAGGUGCAGGCCGGUGGUCAUCAUCCUCGACAGGAUGGCGACAAGCGCAAGGAGGAGAAGGAGAAGAAGUUGGCCGAUCUGCGUGAGAUGGCCUUGAUCUUUAAGCCAGUGCAAGGACAAAAGGUUGAGAAGGGCACCGAUCCCAAAUCAGUGGUGUGCGCAUUCUUUAAGCAAGGCACCUGCACCAAGGGAGACAAGUGCAAGUUCUCCCACGAUCUGUCCCUGGAGAACAAGGUGGAGAAGCGCUCGGUUUAUGUGGACAUGCGUGAUAGCGAAGACGACCCCAUGACCAACUGGGACGAUGCCAAGCUGAAGGAGGUCAUCGACAAGAAGCAUUCAGGCGAAAAGCGACGACCCACCACGGAUAUUAUUUGCAAAUACUUCCUGGAAGCCGUGGAGAAAUCCAAAUACGGCUGGUUCUGGGAGUGUCCCAAUGGUGAGAAAUGCAUCUAUCGUCAUGCCCUUCCCGCUGGCUAUGUGCUGAAGCGUGACAAGAAGAAGGAGGAUAAACCAUCGGAGAUUUCGCUUGUCGAUCUCAUUGAGAAAGAGCGUGCAGCCCUGGGUCCCAAUCAAACUCGAGUGACCUUAGAGUCCUUCCUGGCCUGGAAGAAGCGCAAACUACAAGAGAAGAAAGCGAAACUGGCUGCCGAGGAGGAACGCAAGAAGAGUGACUUCAGCAAAGGCAAACAGUUUGGUAUCUCGGGUCGUGAAAUGUUCAGCUUCAAUCCCGAUCUGGUCGACGAUGGUGAAAUGGAGGAUGGCGAUGCUGCCUUCGAUGUCUACAAGCGCGAGGACGAUGAUGAUGAGAAUAUUGUUGAAUUUAAGGAACUCGACUUGGCAGCCCUCUCCUUGGCCGCUAAGGAGGUUGAUGAUUCCGGCACCAUUGCACCCAGCACCAGAUUACUCGAUCAAGCAGAAGAAGCAGCCAAAACCGCAGCAGCCGAGGAUGCAACGGCCGCCGCAUCCAGUGCUGACAGUGCGCCCGCUAUCAACAAAGAUUUGUUCACCGAUUUGGAUUUGGCGGGCGAACUAGAUGACUUGGAUCUUGAAGACGACGAUGAUGAUGAUGAGGAGGAUUAGGUGGAUGUGAAGGCAGCGAAAGCAAAGGCUUUGUUAUAGAUUCAUAUUCAAUUGCAUAACGUUCAUAUAAUGAUUUCUGCCUUUAGCAAGUUUCGAUUAAUAAAAUUGUGGCUUUCAAAUGUUCAUUUUCUGUAAA